CUAUUAUUAUGGGGUCUGCGGGGGAGCAGAGCUUCCAGUCCGGCGUUGCUCUUCUUCCUUGUCCAGCGCUCUGCGGAGAACUAUAAUAUUUCUUCCCCGAGAUGCUGCAGUGAAUUUUAGUCCCAGGAAAUCAGGCGAACAAAAUAAUCCGAAUAACCCGAACCAUUCGUUACCGUGUGAGAGCAAACGCUGCCUAGGCACAGAUGAUGGCCAAAAAUUCCCUGGAGGGGUCUAAAGAAGACCUGAGCAAAAUUUCGGAAGAGGAGAUGCUGAGGUGGAGCAAGGAAGAGCUGGUGAAAAGACUGAGGAAAGUGGAGAAUGAAAAGAUGAACUUAAUGGUGGAACACGGCAACUUGAUGAAGGACGUGAACCGGCGGCUGCAGCUCCACCUGCACGAGAUCCGGGGGCUGAAGGAGGUGAACCAGAAGUUGCAGGACGACAACCAGGAGCUGAGGGAGCUCUGCUGCUUCCUGGACGACGACCGGCAGAAAGGCAAGAAGCUGUCGAGGGAAUGGCAGCGCUUCGGGAGGCACACGGCCAGCGUGAUGUGGAAGGAGGUGGGCAUGUACCAGCAGAAGCUGAAGGACCUGGAGGCGAGGCAGGAGACCCUCCUGCGGGAGAACGUGGAGCUGAAGGAGAUGGUGCUCAUGCUGGACGAGGAGCGGAGCGGGGCCGGCUCGCGGAGCUCCAUCGACAGCCAGGCCAGCCUGACCAACCUCAACGGCGGCUCGGCCACCAGGGACGUGGGGGACGGCAGCAGCACCUCCAGCACGGGCAGCGCGGGCAGCCCCGACCACCAUCACCACCACCUCCACCACCACAAGGCCGGCGACAGCAAGGCCGGGGCCAUGCGGCGAUCCAUGGAUGACCUGUCCGCGCCCCUUCACCACCGGAGCAUCCCCAACGGCCUCAACGAUACAUCUUCCAACUAUAUCAGGCAACUUGAAACAAAAGUGAAACUGCUGGAGGAUGACAACAAGCUUCUUUCCCAGUCCAGCACAGGGGACCUGAGGACUCUGAGGAAAGGGUUGUCCCCGUACCACUCUGAGUCACAGCUUUCGUCACUGCCGCAGUAUCAAGAUGCCCUGCAAAACGGACCAGCUCGCAUGACAUCUGAUCUUGCAUCUUCUCCUGCAGCAGGAUAUGUCCCUGUUGGCCAGAAACCAGAGGCGGUUGUGCAUGCUAUGAAGGUCCUUGAGGUCCAUGAAAAUUUGGACAGGCAAAUGCAAGACAGCUAUGAAGAAGACCUGAGCGAAAAGGAGAAGGCGAUUGUUCGUGAAAUGUGCAAUGUUGUCUGGCGAAAGCUAGGUGAUGCUGCGAGCUCCAAACCCUCCAUCAGGCAACAUCUGUCAGGAAACCAGUUCAAGGGUCCCUUGUAGGAACACCGUCCCGAAGACUGGAAGGGGUCGAUUCUGUGAAGACUAAAGAGGCAGAGCUCAGCAUUUCUAACUGCCUGUUCUUGGGUAGUUGGGGUUGAGGUUUUUUCAGGGUUUCCCUUUUUUUUUUCCUUCUUUUUUUUUUUAUUUUUUAUUUUUUAUUUUCCCCUGCUUUUUUUGUAACAAUAGUGUAAAUACGGCAGCUAAAGGCCUGAUUUCCAGGCUGUGGUGCUCUGGAACUACUGUUCAGUGGGUAACCAUCCAAUAAUGCCAGACUUGCAUCAUUUGUAUUGUAGUUCAAACCUGCUUUGUUGUAAUGGUCUGUUUGUAGAAUUAACCAACUCAAGAGAAUUUCUAAGAGGAACAAGAAGAGAAGUCACUUGCAGAGAAGUCACAGUUUUUAUCACUCCUGUCCACCUGCUUCUCAGUGAUUUACAGCUGGGUUAGUGGCUCCAGGCAGCACCUUCCAAGGAAAACCCAACUUGAAUUCAUUGGCCUAACUGCCUGCCAAGCUCCUGAGCUGCUCACACUUAUUUUGGAGGUCCUUAUUUUGAAGAAUGACAUGCAACUGUUUUCACGAGGCGCUGUGUAAAAUUUUGAGUGGCAAGCUAAAACCACUUGUACCGUUGUACAGCGGUGCUCCUCACACAGGCGUACGGAAAGGCUUGAGACUCCGUAUCAGCUGUUAAUGAACUGUUUUUCAUGAACAAAUGACACGAGAUUUCUGCAGUCCUAAUGUGAAUGCAGUCACGUAGCCACACGCCAGUAUUGCCUACAAAUAAUGGCAACACUUUUCCUGUAAAGCUUUUAUUACAAACUAAUUCAGCAGAAACUGCCAUCCUAACAGUGCUUAUGGCUUUCACAGGAUCUUGGAGAGCAGCUCAUCUUUCACAUAAGGAAGAUUUGGGUAUUUUUUUUUUAAUGUUCUUGCUGGAUCCCUCACCUAUACUGGUUCCUGUGUAAGGUAAUCAAACCACCACCUUGCAGAGCUGAAUAAAAACAUAAACACGGGCUGUCAGGUGAGACUACUUCCUGCCAUUCAAGCUUUAUUUUUGUUAAUGAACCAAAACAAGUGGGUUUUUUCUUCUUCAAAUGGUUGUAUAUAAAACAAUGGGACUUAUAUUCUGCUAUUGUGGAGUAGCUGCUUGUAUAGUGGUAAGAAUUUGACCCCCUUCUUUUCCAAGAUGUCACAGCAGCUGUCCCUGUAUUUUGGUAGAUGUUCUUUCCCAGUAGUCCAAGGAAGCAGGACUUGGUUAUUAUCUCAUUGGUGUAAAAUAAUUUUAGAGACAGGCAUGUGAAAAGAUCAAAGCCUUCUCUUCAAAAGUUGCAUCGAUUCUAGUGAUUAGUUUGAAGAUUUAAUGACCUCAUACACCAUCACUUUCUUUUUAUUCUCCGUAAGAGUCAGUCACAGCUACAGACAGCUGAAUUAGCUGGACAGGUUGAGCUCUUGACUUGUGGUAUUAUAUUAACAAGGAGCACUGAUAAAAUACCAGGGAGCCCAUGCUGCAAGUUAUGAAAGGUAAUUGGUCCCAUGGUAUACAAUAAACCAGCUGCCCGGGUGAAGAAUUUGCAGUGUCAGAGCCAAAAUCUGUAACCAGCAAAAAAAAAAAAAUAA